AAGUCGCAAUAGGCAAAAACCGUUAAAUGGGUCCCGCACUGACCGUUGGUGUUGGCUUUCUCCUUCACCUCUUAACAGAAAGCCUUUCAAUAAAUCCACCAUGAACAGAAGCCUCUGAUCUUUCUUCCUCUUCCUCCUCCUUCCUCAAACCCUAACCCUAACCCUAAUUUCCUGUUUUCCAUCGUCACCUCUUCCCACUGCCCCACAAUUCGCCCUUUUUCCCUCCUCCACAUUUUUGUCUUGAUCUUAUGAUAGUGCCAUGCAAAGCUUCAUUUCUUAUGUUUACCAGAUCCGCAUGAUUAAUCUUAACCGCCUUUUCUGUGUGAUUUAGUUAUUGUGUUUUAUCAUCGAAAUAACCUGUGGGUUUUGAGUGGUGGAUCAAUUCGAGAGGGGAAUUUUGAUUGGGUGGUGACCAUGUCAAACUUUUAUGGGGAUUACAAUCAAAAGAUUGAUUAUGUAUUCAAAGUGGUGUUGAUAGGCGAUUCAGCAGUUGGAAAAUCUCAGCUUCUGGCACGUUUCGCGAGGAACGAAUUCAGUGUGGAUUCAAAAGCCACAAUUGGUGUUGAAUUCCAGACUAAAACACUUGCCAUUGAUCACAAGACUGUUAAAGCACAGAUUUGGGAUACUGCUGGCCAAGAAAGGUAUAGGGCGGUGACAAGUGCAUACUACAGAGGAGCAGUAGGAGCGAUGUUAGUGUAUGACAUGACCAAGCGCCAAUCGUUUGACCACAUGGCAAGGUGGCUAGAGGAAUUGAGGGGGCAUGCUGAUAAGAAUAUCGUAAUCAUGCUUAUUGGCAACAAGUGUGACUUGGGAAGUCUGAGAGCAGUGCCAACUGAAGACGCACAAGAGUUUGCUCAAAGAGAGAACCUGUUCUUCAUGGAGACAUCAGCACUGCAAUCCACCAACGUUGAAACUGCAUUUUUGACAGUUCUAACAGAGAUAUAUCGAAUCAUCAGCAAGAAAACCCUUGCUGCUAAUGAUGAGCUAGAUCCCAAUGGCAAUUCAGGUCUUCUUAAGGGAACCCGGAUUAUUGUUCCCAAUCAGGAGCUGCAAACAGAAAGGAAAGGUGGCUGCUGUGGAUGAUCCUAAUUCUAACAGGCCUGCUUUUUUCUUUUUUUCCAAACUUUGUUUUGAUACUUUAUUUUUUGCCAGACUUUUUGAUUUGUUAAUUUAGGUUCUUUUUUGUAAUUCUUAAGAAAAGCAUAUCAGUAUUUUUUAGGAAAGGUUAUUCAUAUUCUCGGGUGACAAGAAUGACGUAAUGUUGAUUAAUUAACU